AUGGAUUCUAGAAAAUAUCAACUGUUCAAGACUGAAAUGUGCAGAAACUGGCAAGAGAUGGGCGAAUGCAGAUAUGCAAGAAAAUGCCGGUUUGCUCACGGUCAACAUGAACUUCGAUGUGUUCAAAGACAUGCUAGAUACAAGACAGAGAUCUGUAGAACUUUUCAUCUCACAGGCACAUGCUUGUAUGGUGUCCGCUGUACAUUUAUCCAUGAUGAACAGCCACACCAUCUAGACACAUCCUCCAAUGCCUCCAUCUCAUCCUCCUCAUCUUCGUCCAGUGCUUCCUCGUCUCCACUGUUUACAGCUGUUGCUUCUAAUAGCCUUCAUUAUUACCCUCAUCAUGAUCUCAACACGUGGAAGGGUAUAAUGUUUGCAGGGUUACCAGAAUCAAACAACAUUUGGUCAUCAUCUACCUACUCAUCAUCAUUUGAUCGACGCUUUUCCUCAUCCUCUUCAUCGAGUGCAUUCAUUUAA